UUAGGUUAGUUUGGAAUUAGAUAAAUGAUUAAUUAAUUGAAGUUAUAUAUAAUGUUAAUUUUGAGGGUUUCGCGGGAUUCAUUCGAACUAAUUCUUCUGCCGACAAAGAGAAGAAGAAGACGACGACGUUGGUGAACUCCCCACCAAGCUUAGGCCUUUCGUAACCCUAUUUCACGUUUGAGAUUCCGGUGGAAUUCGCUACUAGUAUCUGACUGGAGCCUGAGCUGCGUAGGCUUAGAGAAUUCAUCCGUGUGUGUGAGUUCUCUAACCUUUGCUUGUUCAUGGUGGGCUUUGGUUUCUUGGUUUAGAAGAAAAUUGUUAGGGCGAGAAGAAAAAAAUGAAUAUAGAAUGAAUUUCUCUUAAGGGUUUAGGGUUUUGCUGCUCUAGUCUUGGUUUUUGAUGGAUUGAUUUUGUUCUUUAUAUAGUAGGUGAAAGUUUGAAGCAGUAGCAUAGAGAAUGGGAGCAGAAGAAGAAGUGGACAAUGUUGAGUUAAGCGACAAAGCUUUGGUGUUAGCCAUUAGAGAGGUCCUUGCAUCUGUCCAAUGUGGAGACACCGAUCAAUAUAAGUACAUUAAAAAGAAAUCUGAUGGCCAUGCUGUGGCACAGAAAGAGGUGCCUGAAGAUGUCGAUGUUGUGGCUCAGCGAGAGACACUCUUGAAAACUCUAUCACGCUCUGUUGCUUGCUUAGAUGAAGUUCACCAUAACCGGCUUCUUGUACUUAUUCUUGGGACGAGAAUUUGGGAUCACAUACCUAAUGUAAAUGUAAUGUAUGCAUUGCUGGACCUAAUCGUAUCACUGGCCACUACUAGUGGAAAGUAUCUGAUCUCUUGUUUAAAUAUGCUCGUAUCUAAUUUACGUUCGCAACCCCGCAUACUCAACAAUAAGGAGCAGGAAGUUCUUUCCCGGGUGCACGCAGCUCUUCACAAGAUUUCGUAUUUAGUUCCCCUUGCUCCCUCAAUAUUACUGCCCAUACUCGCCCAGGGAAUGCCUAGCGUAGACGACAAAGACCAUCUUGUAGUGCCAUAUGUGGAGAACUUGUUGAAGUUGGAGAACAGCUCAAUCAUCGGAAAAGUUGUUGGCAACGGGAUUCUUAGGGUUGUAAUGGAGAGGUUGCGAGAUCUCGAUUUGAAGAUUGGGUGGGAUGAUAUACUCCAAGAUGACUCUACCAUAGCCAUGUUUGAUAUGGAACUUGACCUUGCAGUUGAAGGCACUACCAAUGAAGGAGAGGAGUUUUCAGUUCGGUCUCUAAAUCAAAAUGGAAAUGUAGUCUCUAAAUCGUUGGACGAUUUGAUGGUCCUAUCUUUUCAUCAUCUUGAAUUCUGCCAAGAUGCUGGUCGUCUGGAUGAGGUGUUUGAAAAUCUGUUCGUGUCGUUUGAGAACUUAAUUCUGAACACGCAAAAAACAAAAAUUUCACAGUUCCUGAUGUUCUAUGCGUGCUCACUAGAUCCUAAAAGUUGUGGUGUGAAAUUUGCCAGUAAGCUGUUGGACAUAUUUCUCUCCAGCAACAAACAUCAAGUUACUAGGUUUCUCCCCUUACUAAACAGGACGAAUGCAGUGGCUUAUCUAGCUAGCUACUUGGCUCGUGCAAAGUUUUUGCCUACUUCUUUUGUGGCUAGCAUGUUGAAAAGAUUGGUGGAUGAGUGUGCGGAUUACUGCAGAACAUGCAAUGAUGAUGUUAGGCCUGAAGAACAUCAAGAUUUUUAUUCAGGAUGUCAGGCAAUCUUGUAUGUGCUAUGCUUCCGAAUGAGAUCAAUCCUAGCUGUUCCUCGCUUCCUAUCGCAGCUUACACCAUUGGAGUCGGUUUUAUCUCACAAACUAGACCCGUUGAAGGUGUGCCUUCCAUCUGUAGUUUCUGAGUUCCUUAAACAAGCCAAAGCUGGUGGUAUGAUCAUUGUCUCGGAAGCCUUCAUUUUUGAUGACCUACCCGAGUCUGAGCUCUCUCGUGCUUUUGGUGGAUUUCCCGUCGACCCAUGCUUGUUAGAAAGCUCUAACAGUGUUAUCUCUCGGAACUUCAUCUACUGGUCAGAGGUGAAAAAGAAGACUUAUGAUGAGGAUGAGUUUUUGCCGGAAGUCAUAGUGUAUGGAGAUACAGAGAGUGAGGAGGAUUGUGAUGAUGAUGAUGUUGUUCUUGAUAACGAGGUGAACAAGAUGUCUACAACUCCUACACACACCUUCAUGCGCAAAACAGAGAGACUCUUGAAGAUGCCUUCGAGGAUCAGUCCAUCAACUAGUUCUCGUGAAUCUCUCUGAUUCUAGUGGAGAGGAGGCAAUUUUGCAAGCUACGGUUCCUAAUACAAUCUUUUUGCAAGCCUUUAAAAUCUAAAAAUACGUUUCUUUAUUGGACUUGGUUUUGUAUGCAAGUUUUGAUAAAUUUUGGCAUCAGUCGAAGUUAGAAAUCGAUCA